AUGGCUGCCAGGCUACUGAUGGGCCAGCGUGCUGCGGCACAAUUGACGGCCGGUCUCUUGGUUGGCAGUGUCGCUUUCUAUCCUGCUACCGCACAUGCUGAAGCUCCUCCACACCCGCGAAAGUCCAUCUACGACGACUACGAAGACACCCCCCCUCCGGCCCCGAAGACGCCAGCCUUCAUCCCCAACUCAGCCACCCCGCCCGCUGUCACAGAACCCACCCAGCAGCAGCAGCAGCAGCAGCAGCAGCAGCAACAGGUAGUCGCUCGGGGCCCGACGCCGACGGACCAGCUGGCCGCGCAGAUCCGGCGCGCGCGGCUGUUCCUGCACCGCCAGGCCGCCGUGGCCGAGGACGGCGUCAACGCCGCCAUGGACCGGGCCUUUGACCUGGAGCAGUCCUUCACGUCGACGCUGGCCUCGCUGGCCCCGUCGCGCGAGAGCGGCGAGCGCCUGAUGCCGGGCCUGGUCUACGUGCUGGUCGCCUCCAUGGCCGGCAGCAUCGUGUCGCGCCGCCGCAACAUCGUCUUCCGCGCCGCCGCACCCCUCGCCUUUGGCGUCGCCGCCGGAUGGGCCGUCCUGCCCGUCACCAUGCGCAACGUCAGCGACCUGGCCUGGAGGUACGAGCAGAGGUUCCCCGUCGUCGCAGACGCCCACCUCAGGACCCGCGAGGGUGCCGAGAGGGGAAUCUCGUUCGCAAAGGUCCACUGGCGCCUCGGCACGCAGAUGGUAGGCGACAAGGUCGCCGAGACGAGGGAGGCUUUGGAAGGUUGGGUGAGGAAGGGGAAAUAA